AUGUCUGAAGGCGACGUCCAACCGCCUAAGGCGCCCGUGGUGGCCGAAGCCCAUGAAGUGGACACUUUCCAUGUCCCCAAGGCCUUCUGGACGAAAGGAUCGGGCAAGACCCAUCUAAAGGAUCUGGAUGAGUACUAUGCCAUGUACAAGGAGUCCAUUGAGCAGCCAGACAAGUUCUGGGGCAGAUUAGCACGAGAACUCCUUAGCUGGGAUAAAGACUUCCAAACAGUCCACAGUGGAAGCCUGGCGAACGGCGACAAUGCUUGGUUUCUGGAAGGCCGCCUGAACGCUUGCUACAACUGUGUGGACCGUCACGCCAUCAAGAACCCAGACAAGCCGGCAAUCAUCUAUGAGGCUGAUGAACCCGGCGAGGGCCGCGUGCUCACGUACGGCGAGCUCCUCCGUGAAGUAUCCCGCGUCGCGUACACCCUGAAGCAGAUGGGCGUCAAGAAGGGCGACACGGUGGCACUCUACCUACCCAUGAUUCCAGAGGCCGUCAUCUCCUUCCUCGCCGUCACCCGAAUCGGCGCCAUCCACUCGGUCGUCUUUGCCGGUUUCUCGUCAGGAUCUCUGGCUGACCGCAUCCUCGACGCCAACUCCAAAGUCGUCAUCACCACAGACGAGGGCAAGCGCGGUGGCAAGGUUAUUGGAACCAAGAAGAUCGUCGACGAAGCAUUGAAGAAAUGCCCGGAUGUGACACGCGUCUUGGUCUACAAGAGGACAGGUGCUGAUGUCCCCUGGACGAAAGGCCGAGAUUUUUGGUGGCAUGAAGAGGUCGAAAAAUACCCCAACUACAUCGCUCCGGAGUCCAUGGCGUCGGAGGAUCCUCUCUUCCUGCUCUACACCUCCGGCUCCACGGGUAAACCAAAGGGCGUCAUGCAUUCUACGGCAGGCUACCUUUUGGGCGCUGCGUCAACCGGCAAGUACGUGUUUGACAUCCAUGACGACGACGUGUUCUUCUGCGGCGGCGACGUGGGUUGGAUUACUGGUCACACCUAUGUGGUGUACGCUCCUCUUCUGCUGGGCGUGGCCACCGUCGUCUUCGAAGGUACCCCGGCCUACCCCAAUUUCUCCCGAUACUGGGACGUCAUCGACAAGCACAAUGUCACCCAGUUCUACGUCGCACCUACCGCCUUGCGUCUCUUGAAGAGAGCUGGCGACGAGCACAUCCAUCACCAGUUGAGCAAACUGCGAGUCCUUGGCUCGGUCGGUGAGCCCAUCGCUGCAGAGGUCUGGAAGUGGUAUUUUGAGGUGGUAGGCAAAGAGGAGGCGCAUAUCGUUGACACAUACUGGCAAACCGAAACUGGGUCCCACGUGAUCACCCCGUUGGCUGGCGUCACGCCCACCAAGCCCGGCAGUGCAUCCUUACCUUUCUUCGGCAUUGAGCCGGCCAUCAUCGAUCCAGUCUCUGGCGAAGAGAUUGAGGGCAAUGAUGUCGAAGGCGUGCUGGCGUUCAAGCAGGCGUGGCCCAGCAUGGCAAGGACGGUUUGGGGCGCACACAAGCGGUACAUGGACACCUAUUUGAACGUCUACAAGGGCUACUACUUCACUGGAGACGGUGCCGGUCGCGACCACGAGGGUUAUUACUGGAUUAGAGGCCGUGUGGACGAUGUUGUCAACGUUUCUGGCCAUCGGCUGUCCACCGCCGAGAUCGAGGCCGCAUUGAUCGAACACGACGGCGUUGCUGAGGCUGCAGUCGUCGGCAUCAACGACGAGCUCACCGGCCAGGCCGUCAACGCGUUCGUCUCGCUGAAAGAUGGAGCUGACAACAGCGAAGCGAUGCGCAAAGACCUGAUUCUGCAAGUUCGGAAGUCUAUCGGACCUUUCGCGGCACCCAAGGCCAUCUACAUUGUGGAUGACCUUCCCAAGACUCGGUCUGGCAAGAUUAUGAGAAGAAUUUUGCGGAAGAUUCUCAGCGGUGAGGAGGACAGCUUGGGAGACAUCUCAACGCUCAGUGACCCGAGUGUUGUCACCAAGAUCAUUGAGACGGUCAAGGCGUCAAAGAAGAAGUGA